GCACAAAAUUGCGAAAUUGCAAGAACUGCGAUCCAACCUGUGCCGUGAUAAGCUACUGAAACAUACUCGUUACUGGCAUUACUGGUAUUUUCGAGCAUGCCGCAUGCGGUCACACUACACUCCACUUGUAGUAGUAGUUGUUGCGUGCACCGCGUAUAGAAGAUCCGCGCACUUGCUACUUCACACAGAUCAGGUUUUGCUACGAGCAACGCCAGCCAAACAGCUCAAGUGAAGUCCUCGUUGCAGCUGCAUUGCAUUACAUUUCUUCGUCUCCCUUUUAACAUACGAUUCUAAGGUGCGAAAGAGAACAAGUGGCAGAGCAGGUUGAAGUUGAAGCAGAAGCCGAAACAGAAACAGAACCCGAGAACGCAUCCCCGGAAAUACCAAUAGAAAAACGAGUAGGAUAAGCGAAACACCAGAUAAAGCGCAUACAUAAAGAAAGCCUCUAAAACGCAAUGCGAUCAAUUUGAAAAAAAGAGAGAGAGAGAUAAAGAAAGUACGAAACUAGAGUGAAGAACUAAACCAAUGCAGCUUUUUGCGCUGCAGCACACACAUACAUAAACAGACGCACACACACAUAAUCUUUGGCACAAUUUUCUGAAUGGAAUAAUUAUGUUGUGAUGGGCUCGUGCUCGUGUACACGGCGACACUUUUUGUUGUCAACAUGCUUCCUGCAAAUGAUAACGAUUAUCGAACGCCAGGUAUUCGACUUUCUCGGAUACAUGUGGGCGCCCAUAUUGGUCAACUUCUUUCAAAUACUGUUUAUAAUAUUUGGAUUCUAUGGCGCAUAUCAUUUUAGAAUCAAAUACAUCAUAACAUAUUUACUAUGGAACUUCGUUUGGAUUGGCUGGAAUGCGUUUCUGAUAUGCUUCUAUUUGAAUGUCGGCAGCCUGGAUAGGGAUAGCGAUUUGCUUAACAUGGGCACGGGCAGCGUGUCGUGGUUCGAGGCAAACGGUUAUGGCUGUAAGCCCACCUAUAACAUAACCUCAGACGAUCCAUAUCGGCCACUGCGUCCAGAACUUGUGGAGGAUUGCCUAUUGGACUAUACGCUCGUUGAGGUCAUCCACUCGGGCGUACAGUGCGCGCUGGCGCUGCUGGGCAUACUUGGUGCGAUUCUGAUCAGCUGUAUAUUUCUCGAUGAGGACGACAGAUUCGAUUUCAUGAACGGCGACGCGAAGAGUCCACAGCACACCGUUGUCCAUCCAAUGUACGUGAGCUAUACAAGUAUACCAACAACAUCCGCAAGCGCCACAAUGCAAUCUAAUAAGCAACUGCAACUGCAGCAGCAACUGCAGCAGCAGCAGCUGCAGCAUCAUCAGCAGCAACAGCAACAACAACAAAACUCACUGCAAUUCUAUCAUCAUCAACACCGACACAAAACGAGCAACAACAACAGCAACUACAACAGCCACAACAACAACAACAGCAAUUGCAACAGCUACAAUAAUACACUUAAUAAUGUUCAUCAGCCACAGCCUCAGCCAGACACAGCAAAUAACCAUAACGCAUACCAACAACCACAUUUAACCCACACAAGUGGCACAAACGCCGCCACCGAGCAGCAGCAGGCCAGUUGCAACAGCGGCAGCAGCAGCAGCCUAAGCCGGCUCAAGUCGCUGAGUCGCAAGCAGCAGCAACAGCAGCAGCAGCAAACGCAACCAUCCAACCACAUUGAGAGCAACCACAGCCAGAAGGGCAAACGUCUCUAUCAGUCCAAGGCACAUGCCCUAAACUCAGUCAGUCCCAUGUCCACAUCUCUGUCGCCCCAAAGCGCUCAGCUGUCAACGCCCUCGCUUUCGUAUGCCUCGCUGCAGAACUCGAAUCCGCAGCUGGCGACAUCGUUGAGCAACAGCAACUAUAGCAUUUUCCAUGGUGGCGACACCAGCAGUGCAGCCAGCGGUCAUUUUGCCCGCAUCCAUCAUAAGCCCAAGACUCCCAAAUCUGUGCCGGAUAUUAAGUACACUCAGGUGGCUUUGGCGCGCCUCUCGCGCAAUCUCGAGGAGGAUGAGGACUGCUUCUCGCUGCAGAAUCUAUCGCCCAAUGGCGAUACCGGUGUCACCUAUGUGCCAUUCCAGAGUCCCACACCAAACAGCCUCUUUGUGGGCGGUGAGAAUAACAAUGUGGGGCCACCGAUACCGCACAUUGCCUUCAAUUCCUACCAAGAUCAAAUCCAGUCUAGUCCCAACAACAAUAAUCGCUAUGCCUACGAGCCAUCGCCUCAGCCACUUCCAUUGAUUUCGGGCUAUUCGCCCAAGCCGCUGCGCGGUUUCAAGCAACUGCCACGCCCCACUCAGAUUCCAAUUCCCACUGUGCCCAUACACAGCUGCAUGGCGGAGCAGGAGACGCUGGCGUUGUCGCCACCGCCGCCGCCGGCGCCCCGUCCACAUAUAUUCCAGCCCCGACUGGGCCAAGCGCCCUAUCCAGAUCUCUCGCCAGAGAUUGCCGAGAAAUAUGCGAUGCCCACACAGCAUGUGCCCGGCUCGCCGAUGGUGCGACGCAAUCAGCGUCGUCCACGUCCCCAUCCGGCGCAGGCCAACUUCUGCGAUCAGAUACGCGACACUCCGCCCGGCUAUAUGGUCCGCACGCACAGCGACGAUCAGCUGGAGGAGCAACAGUCGGCGCCGCAUGUCAAUCGGCGCAGUGGACGCAAGGCUCGUCCACGCUCCUUCUGCAACUCGAUUGUGGGCGCACAGGCCUAAGCUCAGAUGAUCCUCAUCACUGCAUUCCUCUCUGAUUAUUGACCAAAAUCUUAUAGACUUAUAGGCAGGCAGCUGCUGUUGCCCCUCUUUCUCUCUCUCUCUCUCUCACUCUCUCCACCUCUCUCUUCGAUCUUAUUUAUUGCCAGACAGACGCUGCCGAAGCUGAAGCUCUUCCAGUCUCUCUAUCCCACACUCGCUCUCCCUGACUCAAGUAUGUCCAGCUCCUCUAAUAUACAUGCUAUAUAUUAUAAAGUGUCUUUAUAUAUCUCUCACUUCUCUCUCUCUCUCUCUCUCUUACUCUCUGUCUCUCUCUCUAUAUAUGUAUAUUUCUCCUGCAGGUGCUGGGCGUUUUGCCGCUUGUGUCCCUUGUGUUGUCCAUACUAACGUAUAACGUAUCGUAUUUCACAUUUUAGUAUGUGUUGUCGUUUUUGUUGUGGCUAACAGAGUUUGUUUGUUUUUUUUAUAUAUAUAUAUUUUUAUUGAACGUUAAAUACAUCUCCGUUGUGGUUAACGAGAUGGAAAUUAGGGAAACGCGAUGGGAACACUUUGAGCGUGACAAAUCGAAAAGUGUCUCAAGGUGAAGGUGAGCAAUAGUAAUUGUUCCCAAUUCCAAGCGAACCUUUUAAAGCUCAAAAAUGAACCACGAGAAAGAAACUAAUUAAUUUUACUAGUAGGAAUUCCAGUUACCAAGGAAACAAUUAACAAAUGUGACAAGAACAUUUGACAGAAAUCACACAAAAAAUAUUGCAAAUUUACAAACAAAAAAGAAGUGAAACAGACUUGUUUAUAAUAUAAUUUUUUAUUAUCCGCUGUGGGUAAACAUUUUCUAAUUGAAAAUUUGCAAUAUUUUCCGAAUUCCUUAUGAAAACCAGAAAUAACUGAAUGUAGUAAGAGAAAUAUAUGAUUUCUCUGUAUUCUGUUAGCUUGCUCUUGAUGUGAAAACUAGAUUUAAGAUAAAGCUUUAAUUCGGAUGCCUUGAAAGCCAUUAACAAAAUUAUAAAUUAUGUGACACACACACACACAUAUAUACAUUUACACAUAUAUACACACACACAUGUGAGACUUUCCAUAAUGGCUAAUUUAAAAACAUGAAAUGUGAUAGAAAAAUGUUACAAAAGAAACGAAAAAAACUAACGAAAAACAAAAUGAUGAGUGGAGGAAGAGAAGAGAAGCGUUACGCGAAGCGGAAAGUCCAAUGCCUUCAUAAUUUUAUGUUAAACUGUGAUACUACAUAACGAUAAA